GAGCAGAUCCCCGCUAGCACCUCCCACACACCGAUGUUGACGUCCCGUCAAAAAGGACUGUGGCCACAUCAGAUCGACCCCGUAUAGCUGCUCCGGCAGAACGACAUUCACCAACACCUGAGACUGACAAACGUCCCGCGCAAUGUCAACCAGGUAAAAAUCUGUGUCCAACGCAAACGCGAUGGGCGACAAAAGCACGAGUCGGGGCCCGGUAACUCGUCACAGGCGAACAACUAUAUCCUGUGCUGCGGCCGCGGGGGCGACUUACGCCAACGGGAGCAAGAAGCACUCGAGCCCGGGAGCCAAACCUUCUCCGGUACCCGUCGGACACAGAAACGUGAAGGUGAAGGAUAAAAAGGCGGAUGAGACAUCUGUCUCGCCGCGGAAGGAGAGCAGCAAACACGAAACGGCGGUGGAUGACAGACUCAGUUGCCAUGUCACCCAGGAGUCUCUCCUGAGCUCUGCCAGUGGCUACAGCAACUACAGAGGCGUCCUCAACUGGUGUGUGGUCAUGCUGGUGUUGAGCAACGCACGGCUCUUCCUGGAGAACUUGAUCAAGUAUGGUAUACUGGUGGAUCCUAUCCAGGUCGUCUCUCUGUUCCUCAAGGACCCCUACAGGUGGCCAGCAUCCUGCCUGAUCAUUGCCUCCAAUGUGUUCAUCCUGACGGCCCUGCACACAGAGCGCAAGCUGGCAGUGGGCACUAUCUCAGAGAGAACGGGGAGAUUCAUACACUACACCAACCUGGCAACCAUGCUGUUCUUUCCCUCUGCUACUGUGCUCUCCAUCUCCUCCAUAACCCCCGUUGGAGGUGUGUUUGCUCUGGGUGUGUACUCUGUGCUCUUCUUGAAGCUCUUCUCCUACAAGGAUGUGAACCGGUGGUGCAGAGAGAUAAGACAGGCCAAGGCCCGCACCCUGUCCCGCUCACACUCCUGCCCCUCGGUGGCUCAGUUAAACGGUUCUGCCGUGCAUGCUCACGUGACCUACCCCGGCAACCUGCGGCACAGAGACAUGUACUACUUUGUGUUCGCUCCAACUCUCUGCUAUGAACUGAACUUCCCCCGGUCGCCACGGAUACGCAAGAGCUUCCUGCUGAGAAGGUUGUUUGAGAUGUUGUUUCUUAUUCAGUUACUGGUGGGGUUGAUACAGCAGUGGAUGGUUCCCACCAUACAGAACUCCAUGAAGCCCUUCCGGGAGAUGGACUUCUCCAGAAUGAUGGAGCGCCUGCUGAAGCUGGCUGUUCCUAACCAUCUAAUAUGGCUCCUGUUUUUCUAUUGGUUCUUCCACUCCUCUCUGAACUUCGUAGCUGAGCUCAUGCAGUUUGGAGACCGGGAGUUCUACAGGGACUGGUGGAACUCUGAGACGGUCACUUACUUCUGGGCUAACUGGAACAUUCCGGUCCACAAGUGGUGUCUACGUCAUUUCUACAAGCCCAUGAUGAAGAGGGGGGCCAACAAGCUGUUGGCUCAGACCGCUGUGUUCCUGCUCUCUGCCUUCUUUCACGAGUAUCUGGUGAGCGUUCCCCUGAAGAUGUUCAGGUUGUGGGCCUUUAUGGGCAUGAUGGCUCAGAUCCCUCUGGCCGUGUUCGUGGGCAAAUUCCUGCGUGGUAACUACGGCAAUGCGGCGGUGUGGAUAUCUCUGAUUAUUGGCCAGCCAGUUGCCGUGCUGAUGUAUUUCCAUGACUACUAUGUCCUUCAUUACGUGCCGUCCACAUGAAGACAAACCCUCCAACAACAGAGGAAGGGAGUGUGUGUGUGUGUGUGAGAGUGGGACACGAUACUGUGUGAUAUGUCGUGAUGGUUACAGGUGAUAUCUGUGAUAAUUCUGCUUGUAUUUGUUGAUGCACCUGAACACUGUAGAGAGCAGCUGUCUCCAAUCUGCUGUCUGUCACUGCCAAAGCUACAGGACAGGGUCUCUCUCUCUCUCUCUCUCUCUCUCUCUCUCUCUCUCUCUCUCUCACAC